UUGGUAGCACUGUGUACAGUAAUGGCGGGGAUUCAUAUUGGUUACGUUUGAUGCGGCGAUAUUGUGCGUAUCUUUCGCACUCACAAAUAUCGCGUAUCAAUUGUGACACAUGGAGAGGACGAUGUCAGAACAAAUGGCUUCGCAAACGCACACGGAAACAAUCUCUGAAAAUGAUAUCACCGAUUCUGGAUCGCAGGACGUGCCUACUGUACGAUUACGAUUACGAAAACCAAAAUCAAAUAAAAAAGUUCAAUGGACUCAGGGGACUGUUGAUAACGAACAUUUAAAUAAGAAGAAAUCAAAAUGUUGUUGUAUUUACGAGAAACCAAAAACCUUUGGUGAAAGUAGUUCUGAAGAUAGUGAUGAUGAAUGCGAGCAUUGCCAUGGACAUAAAGAUGCUCAUAAGAAAAGUUUACCUAAUGCUGGAGAUUCUGCUCGAGAAGGAAUGUCAUCACAUCCUGAACCAAUUGCAACAGGUUCAACAUAGAUAUUUAUAUGCUUAUUGACAAUAUUUCCUAAAUAUAAUAUUUAGGAAAUAAUUCCUUUAUGCUAAUUCUUAAGUCAGUGUCAUACAGAAAAUUAUGCUGGAUUAUAGUAGGUAUGCAAACUUUAAAGUAUGAUUUUGCACUAUAGUACAUGUGGCAUUUGUAUUACAAUGCUUUAACAACACUGCACGGAAGAUUAUAUUUGUAUUACAAUGCUUUAACAAUACUGCACGGAAGAUUAUAAAAUGUUGGUCAAACUGUUAAUUACUAUAUAAAUCAUGAUGAAUCACAUUGAAAUAGUAAAUUAUUGAAUAAUC